GCAGAGUUACUUUAUUAACACAAAGAGGUUCAUUAUAACACGUUUUAUACGGAAAAUAGUCAAACAAUUUCUGAGUUAUUAAAGUUUAUUUAAAUACUAAAAUCAAUUAGCAAUGAAUACUCGGCUGUGUUACAGGACUACAACAGUGGGCAAUGCAUUGUGGGAAUCGCUGGCUGAGAUGCAUCAGUCGGGCCAACUAUCUGAACGAUUGGCUAAUAAGUGUCUCCACGCGUUUGACGCCAGUGUUGAUAAAGCCUUUGAUUCCUAUACAAAGGGUGGCCGACAACAGCCUGACCUCUCAUUUGUGACACCCCAAGAGGAAAAGGAUAAGGGAAAUGGAGCCAAACUAGCGGCCUAUCGAUUCGCGGAUAACGUGUGGAAUUUGAUCGUAAGAAACGUUGAGUUCAAAGAGGGCAACAAAUCGGUGCUCAAAGUGGAUAAGCUUAAGAUAGUGGCCAUGAAUGGCAAUACCGGCGCUCAAAUCCAAUACGUUAACAAAGGGAGCAAAAAGACCAGGAUUGUGUAAUAUCGUCGCGUUUAUAUAAGUUAUUACAAAAUAUAUUUACUUUAAUUAUAAGAUAUGAGUGAUUAUGAUUUAG